AUGGUGCUAAAUGAUUGUUCGGACACAGAAAUAAUUGGUUGUGGAUUCAGUGCUUUUAAGGAAAUUGACGAAGUGACUUCUUUAAUUGCAGAACUAAAAAAAGCUAAUCUUUCUCCAAGUCUUAUUGAGAAAAAUCGUGAUCGAUUUAAUUUUAUUUUAUCUCAAUAUCAAGAUCAAAGACAAUUGUUAGAUCCUUAUUUAGAUGAUAUUCUACAACCACUAAUUAAUAUUAUUAGAGAUGAUUAUUCUGCAGAAAAUAUGCGGCAUAAUGCUUUUAAAUAUAUUUUUAUUGUUAUGUCCGUUAAAACGUACAAGAAGAUCGUUACAUAUCUUCCACAUGAGGUAGCAGAUCUUCUUCCAGUUCUGCGAAUGUUAGAAAGACAAGAUCCAAAUGACGUAGAGACAUGGGAAACUCGAUAUGUACUUCUAAUAUGGCUUUCUAUAAUUUCAAAAAUACCAUUUCCACUUUCACGUUUAGAAAUUACUGAUGUUAACUCUGAACAAUCCAUAGUAGUUAGAAUUUUGAAAAUAUGCAAAUUAUUUUGUUUAUCGAAAGAUGCUUGUGCUGUAGCUGCAGUUUUUCUGAUUGCCAAUUUCUUAACAAGAUCAGAUGUGAAAACAUUAUAUUUGGAAGACACAAUAUUAUGGAGUUUGCAAUGUGUGGAAAAUGAUCCUUUAAGACAUGGCCCAUUAGCUGUUUUAGCAGCAAUAUUAAAACACAGUGCAAGAGAAGAUGUAAGACCACACAUUCAAAUAAUUUUAGAUAAAGUUUUACAGUUACAUCUAAAUGAUAAUCCUGCGGACCUUAUUCGGAAAUUUGGAAUUAAGAUUGUACAAAGAAUUGGAUUAGUACUAUUAGGAACAAAGCUGGCUUCUUGGAGAUAUCAAAGAACUAAUAGACCUAUAUGCCUAUUAUCUAAUACUAAAGAUAUUAAUACUAUGGAAACUAUAGAAAAUGUUGAAAGUGUUCCAUUUAAUCAUGAUGAUCAAGAUAUUCCAUCGGCAAUAGAGGAUAUUAUUGAACAAAUUAUACAAGGUCUUAGAGAUAAAGCAAUUACAAUACGAUGGUCUGCUGCAAAAGGAAUUGGUAGAAUAACAGCAAGAUUGCCAGUGGAUUUAGCAGAUGAUGUAGUAGGAUUUGUUUUAAAUCUUUUUUGUGGUCGAGAGUCAGAUUCUGCUUGGCAUGGUGGUUGCUUGGCAUUAGCAGAAUUAGGAAGACGUGGACUUGUGUUACCUCAUCGUUUAAGUGAUGUGAUACCAGUAGUUCUUCAGGCCUUAGUAUUUGAUGAGCCAAGAGCUUAUGGAUCGAUUGGGUAUUUAAUUAGAGAUGCUGCAUGUUAUAUUUGUUGGUCAUUUCCUAGAGCAUAUGAUCCUGAUAUUAUUCAGCCAUAUGUAAAAGAAAUUGCAGCUACACUAUUGGUUGUUACUUGUUUUGAUCGAGAAAUUAAUUGUCGAAGAGCUGCUUCUGCAGCAUUUCAAGAAAAUGUGGGAAGACAAGGAAAUUUUCCACAUGGAAUAGAAAUACUUACAAUUGCUGAUUAUUUUGAAGUUGGUGUUAGAAAUCAUGCUUAUUUAAAAAUUAGCACACAAAUUGCACAAUAUGAAGAAUAUACAAAACCUCUUAUUGAUCAUUUGGUUGCAAGAAAAGUUACACACUGGGAUACAGCAAUUAGAGAACUUUCAGCGAAAGCUUUAUUUAAUCUAACACCUAUUGAUUCAAGUUACAUGAAGAAUACAAUUUUACCAAAUUUAUUAGACAUGUUAGAUUCUAUUGAUUUGAAUAUUAGACAUGGUGCAGUAUUAGCUAUUGCAGAAAUUUUAGAAGCGUUGUACAAUUGCUGUAAUGAAAAAAUUGAAGAUAUAGCUGGACUGUCAGUCAUAGAAAAUGUAAAAAAUAUAAUAAAUACCUUUAGAAAAAGGGGACAAUUCAAAGGUCUAGGAGGAGAAUUAAUGAAACAAGCAUGUGCUGUACUUAUAAAAAAAUGCUCUAUUGUUCAGUUACCAAUUUCCAUAGAAAUUAUUUGUGAUUGGCAAAAUCUCUUAGAAGAAUGUUUGGGUCAUGAAGUAUCUGCAGUAAAAAUAAAAGCUGCUGAAGCACACACAGAAUUUUUCCGAAAAUACUAUGCAAACAUAGACAGUCAAGAUCGUAAUGUAGUUAUUAAUCGUUAUCUUGAUAAUUUACAAUCAAAUAAUCAACUUGUUCGAAUAGGUUUUGCACAAGCCAUAGGUUAUUUUCCUUUAUUUAUAAUUUGUGAAAGAGUAAAGGACAUAAUACAAGCUCUUAUUAAAUGUACUGAAAUAUCAGAAAAUACUUUAAAGUGGGCAGAAAGCAGAAAAGAAGCUAUUCAUGCUUUAAUAUUGGUCUGUCAAACUUUGGGAGUAAAGGAAGCAGAUAAGUGGCAAAUAUUCGUUCAUGAUUUGUACUGUUGCUACUUGUUGGCAUUAAAAGAGUAUACAAUAGAUAGUCGAGGAGAUAUAGGGGCUUGGGUACGAGAAGCAGCAAUAACUGGUUUACAUAUGCUAACAAAUUUAGUGUUACAAGCAAGAUUACUUUUUAUGUUAGAUGAGGACUUAAUGGCAAAUGUAAUUGGAAGAAUUGCACAACAGGCUGUUGAAAGAAUUGAUGGAAUUCGAGCACAAGCGGGAAAUGUUUUUAGUGUACUGAUUCAUAAUGAUCCUCCUUUACCAAACAUUCCAUAUCACGAAGAAUUAAAAGCUAUAUUUCCUUAUGAUGAAUGUAAAGAAAAUAUAGAGUGGCGAAUGGAAUCUGCUACUUUUCCUCGAUUUAUAAAAAUGUUAUCUUAUCCUCCGUAUACAAUGAAUGUUUUACGAGGAAUUAUAUUUAGUGUCGGCGGUUUGAGUGAAUCUUUGGUUAAAUAUUCUAGCGUUUCUUUAUUUUCUUAUUUACAAGAAAUAGAUGAGUUGAGUCUACAAAGUUUAUGCUAUAAAAUUUUAAGUAUUUUUGAAGAAAGUCACAAAAAUGAAAGGAUGAUUACAUCAAUACUAGCUUUUUUGGACCGCUUACUUAGUUCUGGUUGUAUUCAAGUUGUUCUUGAUAAUUCUGAAAACGGAAUUGCAGAACGAAUUUUAUUUCUAGUUAAGCAAGAAAUAAAGAGUACAAAUAAUACUAAGUUGUUAAUUAGCAGUAUAAAUGUAUUUUGUCAGCUUUUACAGAUACAUGGAUCAGUUGCAAAAAGAGCAUUUUGUCAAUUAAGUAUUUUUCUUUGUCAUAAAUAUAAGUGUAUACGAAAAGUGGCUGCAACAAGAACAUAUGAAGCUUUAACACUCUAUGGGGAAGAAGUGGAUAUUCCAGAACAAAAUUUAAGUAAAAUUUUGAUUGAAUUAAAUGUUACUGACUGGGAACAAUCAGUGUCUGAACUUCGACCAAUAAGAAAUCAUCUUUGUGAUUUAAUGAAAGUACCUGUACCUAUUUUGCAAACUAAACUUACAAACUGAGUUGAGCCUUUUAUUGUGCUUCAUUUAAAAUAAUUUGAUCGUCUAUCGCAACAUCCCCUCA